UUGUGCAAGUACUUUAUAUCGAAAGAGAGCUGCUGCCGUGCUGCCGGUAAUAAAAUGUGGAAAUUGUAACAUGCAUGAGCGAUGUCUGUCGCUGUCGAAUGUCACAUUUUUUGAAAGAAAAUGGACGAGGACGAAACUGACAGUGGAUACUCUACUUCAUUAAAUGACAACGUAAAGGUUCACAUUAAGGACCAAUCCAACGGCAAUACAUUAUCUGAGCGUGAUAUCAAUGGACACAAAGUCACAAACGGUCUGAAGACCUACCGGAGACCGUCUCCACUACAGGUUAAAAUGGAAAAACAAAGAGAAGCUUCAAGAAAGCGGGAGGCAGGCAGUCAACGAGAAAGUCCCAAGAAACCACGGCAACAGAGCAACAACUCCUCAUUGGUAGAUCAGCAGCCUCGGCGCUCGGCCCUCAUCUCAAUAGACAGACUAGCUGUGCCCUGGAAAACAACAGCUCUAGAUAGACAACCCAGUGAGCAACCACUGGUUUCCAUAGACAGUGAAAGUGAGGAUGAAUUUGAUAUAGUAGCCUUGUCUUCUGCUCCGUCACAGACGACUGAGAAUCUCCGACAGCAGCUUUUGAAAGACGGGUUCCGACUGGACGAAAUCCCCGACGAUGAGGAGCUGGAUCUGAUCCCGCCACGACCGAUGAACGAACGCUGCAUCUGCUGCCAAACCACCCAGGUCACCUGCUCCAUCCAGUGACAGUGGGGAACUUCCCAGGUUAAAUCGUUCAGAUGACUGGAUCAUUUGUGUAUAUUGAAGAAAUUUUAUAAGAUGGUAACUGUAACUGUGAACAGUACGUCGUAGAGAAGCUUGUAUUUAUUGAGUUCCGACUGCCGAGUUCUCUUGUCUCAAGAUACAUGUUGAAGUAUAAAUUUCCCUUUUUGCCAACCAAAUAUUCGCCUGUGAAAAGUGCGCCGUGUUUCCAUCACUUGUCAAUCCUUUGAUCUCGCCGAGGUCCCUCCCUAGAAGAAUAUGCAUGAACAUGCCAAUCCUGGGUUUUCUCAAUUCCCCGAAACCAUAGUGGUCAAUCUUCAUUCUUCAUUCCGCAAUGGAACCCACCUCUUAUUGAUCUGACUUGAAGUCUUUAGGCUACUAGAAACAUCUUACUGCGGUGUUUAACUUGAACAGAUCCAAAACGUUCCUCUCUCAAAAAGGUUUAGUUGAGUGAAAUCGGUAGAGAAAUUAGGGUACUUCAGUUUCUAAAACCUUUUAGAGUUUUUUCUCUCUUCCUUUUCUCUUUCUGUAAUAACGCUCUCAAAAGAGUCUUUGAAAAGUUUGUUGGCAUUGCAGUUAUACUCCACAAUAAUUUGCCCGUGGUUUAAUGAAAUUUAGAUCUCCAUCUUUUGUGUCAGAGGCCUGCGGUAAGUAAAUCAAUAAUGCUUACA